AUGAACUACUUCGAAGAUUAUGAUGAGCCCGCCGCCGACGGCGGGCCAGCGAGCUACGAGCCGCCCGCCUCCAUGGCAUCGCCGCCAUCGCCCGCCCAGCUCAGCCACGGGCCAGGUGGUGCAACAGCGGCCAUGUCCAGCCGGCCUCGAUCGUCCGGCAAUGUCACGAUAUACCAAACCACCGGACCCGAUGCCCACACCUCGGCCAUCAUGUCACCGGGUGGCUCCGGCCCUGCGCUCAACCCCCGUUCCUGCGUAACCUGCCGCCGUCGCAAGGUGCGAUGCGACAAGCAGAUGCCCUGCUCCAACUGUCGCCGCGCUCAGAUUCCAUGCAUCUUCCCGGCGCCGGGCCGCGCACCGCGCCAGCAGAAGCCAAAAGACCCCAAUGCGCCGCCAAAGACCUCCAGCCAGCGUGAGGUGGAGCUGAUAAAGCGCCUGCGCAAGCUCGAGGGCAUCGUCGAGGAGCUGAGUGGACAGAUUGAGGUAGAAUCUGGCAGCGGUGGGCGCCAAGCCUUAUCAGAAUCUCCGCGCGUCGGCACAAGUGGCGAAGCCUCUGCGCAUAGUCAAUACGCUUCCAGUCUAGAUUUCUUUGGUGGGCGCCCAUCUAGUGAAGGCGGCCACGAUACGAAUCCAGACGUUUUGCGAACGAGACGAGAUGUUGGCCAGCAGUUUGGCCGGAUGGUUCUUGGCGACCACAAAGGCACAACAAGAUAUGUGAGCAGUGGUUUCUGGUCCAAGAUGAAUGACGAGAUUGACGCCAUUCGCGCCGAAACACAGAGGCUCACUGAUGAUGAUGACGAGUCUGAAUACGAUGAAUCGCCUAUGGAAAUGCCAGAUCCCUUGGGCACCGUCACCGACCACCACUCCUUCAUCUUUGGGUAUCGAUCCGCCGAUGUCGACCUGAGUAAACUGCACCCGCUUCCCUCACACGCAACAUUUCUUUGGUCUGUAUUUCAACAAAAUGUUGAGCCUCUGCUCAAAAUUCUUCAUGUGCCUACCAUCGAUGCUUUGCUGCGAGAAGCCAGAGGAGAUGUCACCACGCUGUCUCCUGCAGAUGAGGCCUUGGUUUUUGUUUUAUACUUUUCUGCCAUUACUGCACUGGAACCAGAAGAGGUUCAGACGAAUUUUGGAGCAGACAAGUUUACUCUUCUUGCUCAAUAUCGCUUUGCCGUAGAACAGGCGCUGGCCAAGGCGAAUUUCCUCAACACAUCUGACAUCACUGUUCUGCAAGCCUUCACUCUGUUCCUGCUUGUCGGUAGGCGUCAUGACGAUAGCAGAUUUUGCUGGUCUCUGACAAGUCUGAUUGUUCGCCUCGCGCAAGGCAUGGGCCUACAUAGAGAUGGGACGCACUUCAAUUUGCCCCCGUUUGAAACGGAAAUGCGAAGGAGGCUGUGGUGGUCCCUCAUCACGCUUGACCUAAGAUCCGGAGAGGAGCUCGGCACUGAUAUGGUGAUACCUGAUGGAGGCUAUGACACAUUGCUGCCUCUGAACAUCAAUGACGCCGAUAUCAGCAAAGACUCCACGGAGUUUCCCGAACCACGCGAAGGUCGAUCGGACUGCGCUGUUGCCGUGGUCAGAUAUGAGAUUUGUGCCAUGGCGCGCCGAAUUCAUUGCGCAUCCUCAGCCAUGGCGUUGAGAUCGGAAACGAGCAGUAUCGCAGAAAAGGAGCAGAUGCUGAUCGAGGUAUACCAGCGAAUUGAAGACAAGUUUCUUCGGCAUGUUGUGGAUGAGAUGGACCCUCUGUACUGGGUCGUUGCUAUGAUCACACGCGUCAUCAUGGCAAAGACGUGCUUGGUGAUAUACCACCCACUUCUUUUUCCUGGAGCAGAAGAACAGCUGUCGAACGAGGUCCGUCAGCGGCUCUACGUCGCCGCAAUCGAGAUUAUCGAGUGCAAUCAUAAGUUGGGCACCGAUCCCCGAUGCAAACAGUACCGCUGGCUAUUCAAGACUUACACAACCUGGCAUGCCAUCUCCUACGUUCUCGUGGAAACUUGCCGCCGGCCGUGGACGCCACUGGUAGAGCGCGCCUGGCAUGCUGUGACAGGAUACGAAGGAGAUCCAGUUGAGUUAGCCAAGAAAGCCGACCAUGCCGCGGUGUUUAUCCCGUUGCGCAAACUCUUUGCCCGCGCGCGACGACAUCGUGUCGCUGAGAUUAGCAAGUUACGUGCUAAUCCGGACGAAGCACGGCGGUUAGACUUUGCGGAGCGCAUGAACCCGGAACCUGCUCGGUUUGGGCCUAUUCCAGGCGCAGAGCAUAUAAUGGACCAGGCAAGAGAUAGUUGGCGCUUACUCAUAAAACCCGAAAGUGCCAGCCCGGCGCCUUGGAUGGGAUCGAAAGAAGCCGGUGCCAGCAGCACAGUGUCGUCAACAGAGGAGACAUCACAACGAACGCCCAUGUCUACGAGUGCAAGCAUCGUCACUGGACAGCCAGUGCAGGCAAAUCCCAUCUCGUCAACUAACGACGUCAACUACGCCAUGAACUUUGUGGACGUGCUGAUGGCUCAGCAAAACGUCCCGAUGGCUGAAUUUUGGGAUAUCAGCAACUUGUAUCCAAACGCCGUCAACGCGAACCUGUCAGCCCAGCAAGGGGUACACAAUCCGGCGUCGGCGAUGCAGACACCCAAAGACGGCAGUGGCCAGCCUUUGCUCUGGGCUGAUCCAUUUUCUACUGCUGGAAUCAAGCUUGAUGAUGUCUUGGCCGAUGACGCGGAAAUGGGAGAGGACUUCAACUGGCAGGAUUGGAGCCAGAGCAUUCGCGGGUUGGAACUUGGGGCUGCUCAACCCCAGCCUUUGAAUCCGAAUCAGCGCUGGGCAUGA